AUGGAUGUUAGAGAGCAUAUCCGCCAAGAUCUCCAGCCGUACGUAUGUACCUACGAGCAAUGCCCAGAUGCCGACCGCAUGUACGCCAGUCGGCAUGCGUGGCUGGAACAUGAACGGCUAGUUCACCGCCGCAUAUGGAGAUGCUUCGAACACAGAUCCUUCACCUCAACAUCGAAAGACAGCUUGCUGCAACACUUUCAAGAUUGCCACAAAGGCCUGGAUGGGCAGCAGAUCGAAAAUCUCCUAGAUCUAGCCGAGAUGACGGUAGCCGAUGACAGACAAACCUGCCCAUUCUGCUACUCGGUUGGGCCUUUCGAUAAGGGUUUUUGCAAUCACGUGGCUUUCCAUCAGGAACAACUCGCAACGUUUGCAGUUCCACGAAACUUCGAUAGCAAUGAAGAGACAGACUCUGGGAGAGCCGAUGGCAUCAGAUCAGCCGGCUCUUUGCGUUCCGUUGCUCUAGAUUUCUCGGACGGCGAUGAUAGUGACGUAUCAGUGAACAAAGUCGACAACCCCCUACUAGACGCUGCAGGAGUCGGGGAUGAGACGGUCGUAAGGCUGCUGCUCGAGAAGGGCACCGAAUGCGAGUUGAAGGAUAGAAAUGGCAUGACGCCACUGGCGUGGGCGGCCAAGAGCGGCCACGAGGCGGUCGUAUUGCUGCUGCUCGAGAAAGGCGCCGGAUGCGAGUCGAAGGAUAGAAAUGGCAUGACGCCGCUGGCGUGGGCGGCUGAGAACGGUCACGAGGCGGUCGUCAAGCUGCUGCUCGAGAAGGGCGCUGAACGUGAGUCGACCGAUAGAGAUGGCCAGACGCCGCUGUUGUGGGCAGCCAAGAACGGUCACGAGGCGGUCGUCAAGCUGCUGCUCGGUACAGACAGGGUCGACGUGAACUCGAAGGAUAAGUACCCCCAGACUGGACGCUAUGUCAAUGCUCUCUAUGUCGCAUCACUUGAAGGCCAUGGAAAAAUAGUGCAGAUGCUGUUGGAUCGACAUGCUGAUGUCAACGCUCAGGGUGGAGUGUAUGGCAAUGCACUGCAGACCGCCUCGUUUGGAGGCCAUGAAAAGGUGGUGCGGAUACUGUUGAUUCGCGGUGCCGAUGUCAACACCCAGGGUGGAAGCCAUGGCAAUGCGCUCCAGGCCGCAUCAUCUAGAGGCCAUGAAAAUGUGGUGCAGAUGCUGCUGCUUUGCGGUGCCGAUGUUAACGCCCAAGGUGGAAAGUAUGGCAAUGCACUGCAGACCGCAUCAUUCGGAGGCUAUCAAAAUGUGGUGCAGAUACUGUUGGAUCGCGGUGCCGAUAUCAACGCCCAGGGUGGAAAGUAUGGCAAUGCACUGCAGGCCGCAUCUUUUAGAAGCCAUGAAAAAGUUGUACAGAUACUAUUGGAUCGCGGUGCCGAUUUCAACACCGAGGGUGGAGUGUAUGGCAGUGCACUGCAGGCCGCAUCAUCUAGAGACCAUAGAAAGGUGGUGCAGAUGCUGUUGGAUCGCGGUGCCGAUAUCAACGCCCAGGGUGGAAAGUAUGGCAAUGCGCUCCAGGCCGCAUCAGCCAACGGCCAUGAAAAGGUGGUGCAGAUGCUGUUGGAUCGGGGGCCGCGUUCAUGCCAACCGUCAGUUGUGAACAGUAUUUGA